AUGCAAGAAGUGGUCAACUCACUGCCUGGUGGAUAUCCCGAAUCGAUACAGCCNCCUACAUCCAACCAACAGUCACUUUCGCAAGCCGUGUACGGCAGGAGAUCUGAAUACACGCGACCGAAAAAUAUCAAGAUCAAGGGUGCUGAGAAAGACAUUGCUUGGUUCAUUGACGGCAAGGGGAUUGCAGAAGGAUUGACUGAUCUCACUGUAUCAGACAAUUCUGAAUCGCAAGAUGAUGCAAUAGCGGACCACAGGAGCUCACUGGAUGAUCGCGAAGGCGUGGAAGACCAAGAAGCACGCUAUGAGAGGAAGAAACCGACACUGCCACAUGAUGAUCCUAGUCUACUGCCCGGCGGCCGCGACAUUGGACUAUAUCUCCUAGGACUUCAAGAAAUUGUGGAUGUCAAUUCUGCUGCUGAAGCUCUCAGGCCGUAUACGGAUCCUUCGGUGGCGGCAAAAUGGAAAAGCGAGAUGGAAGCCCACUUGCCCAGAGGCUACAGGUUCAUUGCGGAGCAACAGCUUAUAGGCAUGUUGUUGCUCAUAUAUGCCUCCGAGGAGGUGGCUGCAGAUAUCAAAUCUGUGAGCACGACCAGUGUUGGCACAGGUCUCAUGGGAUAUAUGGGCAACAAGGGUGCCGUCACAGCUCGAAUCGUCCUCGGAGAAACCACGCGCCUUGUCUUCGUCAAUGCUCACCUUGCUGCUGGAACAGACAAAGGUGCCGUCGAACGCAGGAACUGGGACUAUGGACAGGUCAUGAGUCGCACCAAGUUCGAGCCCAUCCAGGAUUCUAUGGGCCUCUCGCAGAAUGUUGGUGAAGGAAUUGAUGAUGCCGACUUUGCGUUCUUUGUUGGCGAUCUCAACUACAGACUUGAGGGCAUCCCUGGCGAAGACGUUCGCCGCUUGUUGAUGCUUCACACCCGCAACGAAUAUGACUUGUCGAAAAAGCAGGGCAAGCAGGUCGACAAGGAGAUUGCACGUAAUCAAGCUUCUAUCGAGAGAAGGAGAGAAAACAGGAUGUCGACGGACUCUGGAGUAUCUCAAGUCUCCACGGUUAGAUCUCGCGAUGGUGAAGAUGCGAAAGAGGAGGAAGAGUUUGAUCAGGAGGACAUGCUUGAUCCGGCUAGUGAUCCGGCUUCAUUGCACACCACACUGUCAUCUCUACUACCUCACGACGAAUUGCAUCAGCAACAAAAGGCAAGANNAAAGACAUUCCAAGGCUGGCAAGAAGGACCAAUCACAUUCUUACCGACUUACAAGUACGAUGCUGGAAGUGUCGGAGUCUUUGAUUCUAGCGAGAAGAGACGUGCACCCAGUUGGUGUGAUCGAAUCUUGUGGCGAACGAGACGCGACAUGCUUGCUUACGAGAGCACGAUUGCCGAGGAAGAAGAUGCUAGAAAGAAGGACGAAGAAAUGAAGAACAAUGGUCUUGAUGAAGCAGGCAAGGACGAAGAAAUGCUGUACGACUACGAUCCUGAUGAAGAUGCUGACGAAGCUGGUUCAUACGACGACGCAUAUGAAGACGCCCCAGAGGGGACAGUCAUUACCAAAGAAGGUUUCGCUGACGAAAUCAGUUUGGAGUCAUAUGUGGCGCAUCAACGAGUUUUAUCUUCCGACCACAAGCCACUGGAUGCUGUCUUCUCAUUCAAAUACGAUGCUGUGGUUCCAGAACUGAAAACAAAGAUCCACCAGGAAGUCGCACGAGAACUGGAUAGAGCAGAGAAUGAAGGGCGACCCAAUGUGACAGUCGUGGCCGACCGUCCUCACUCUACUGAAGAGGGUAUCUCGGACGACGAUCCAACAAAGUUCGAAGGUGUAUGGUUUGGCCAAGUCAGAUAUGCCAUGCACAAGCGCCGAAGCCUCACCAUAGCAAACACGGGCCAAGUGCCCGCGACCGUCUACUUCAUCGACCGCCCUGUAGGUCCCGGUCAACACCCUGGCCUUUAUCCCAGCUGGGUGUCACUCAAGAUCGACGAUGGCACUGGCAAACUAUCCUCUGACAUGGGUAAACGUACCCUCGAACCUGGUCAAGCCUUUAACGUCGAACUGGAGAUGCGCAUCCUGGACGUCAGUCUAGCACGAGCUUUCAAUGAAGGCAUCAAAUCGCUCGAAGAUAUACUCGUAUUACGGGUCGAGAAUGGUCGUGACCAUUUUAUUCCUCUACGUGGAACGUGGCUGGAAUCUUCACUUGGUCACUCAAUCUCCAAACUCAUCCGUAUACCUGAAGGUGGCAUCCGCAAACUGCAACGACAAAGACCCGAUAGUGGCAAGCAGAAAAGCGGCAGUGUGUCUUCUGGCUCUGUUCUUGAUGACGACGAGGCAAUACCCGUAAGAUGGUCUGCGCCGCGUGAGCUGUUCAGGCUGACGGAGGUGAUAGAGGAAUUGACCGUCCGCGUUAUUGCCGAGUGGGGUAUGCUGAACGAUCCUACCGCCCAACCCCCUUGGGAAAAAUCUGCUGGAUGGCCUUUUGCUGCUGCGUCUUGGACUCUAGAGGACAAAGCGCUGAGGGCGGAUGGUCUUGCUGAUGUUGCAGAGGCACUGGAUACUGACUCGUCCUUUGACUCCGUUNNUUUCUCACCUACACUCACGCAUCUACAGAAGCUGGAGUGUAUUGCCGAGUUUUUGCUGCUGUUCCUGCAAGCCAUGCAAGAAAGAGUCGUGACACCAACGUUAUGGCACCAACUCGACGACGGUUUGAGAAAACAGGAAAAGCUGAAGCAAUCGCAACAGGCAAAAGACGAAGACCUGCGCACUUGGGCGCAAGAAAUUCUGUCCUCGUCACCCGCUCACUCGAUCUCUUUCAUCUUGGUGACGAGUAUGUUGGAUAGAAUUGCUUCGGAGGUGAUGACGACUAUCCAGCAUAACCAUGCCGAAAUGCUCAACAAAGCUCCCCAAGGAGAUUUCUGGGAUGGCGUUCCGAAUCAUUUGAAAAGGAAGAACCUGCCCAAGGACGGUAAAGAGGCUUGGAGGUUGAGUGUACAGAGAGGUGUUGCAAGCGUUCUAGGGCCCGUAGUCGUGAGGACCGAUGAAGGUGGUGAGAAGGAAAAGGAGAAGCAAGGGAUCGAGGAAAGAAAAGUCAGGUUCUUGGAACUGUUUGUUGGAUGA